AUGGCUCGCAAACGAAAGAAUCGCACACAUCUCAAAGGUGGUGCAGCAUCCAACCCUGGCACUGAGGAAGGGAUUCCAAAAACAUUCGUUGUCAAGCAUGGCCAAGUUGGUUCCUCUCUUACCCAGCUUGUUAGGGACGUCCGCAAAGUUAUGGAACCGAACACAGCUAGUCGGCUGAGGGAGCGGGCACGGAAUAAGCUGAAGGAUUUCUUCACUAUGGCGCCCGCACUUGGGGUUACGCACCUACUGGCAUUUACGCUGACAGACGUUGCGCCGUCUCUACGCCUAGUGCGUUUAUCCGCAGGGCCGACUCUAAGUUUUCGCAUUGAGAGGUACAGCUUAGUGAAAGAUAUCUUGUCCUCUUCUCGAAGAGCACGAAGUAUCGGAAGUGUAGAGUAUCUCAGCCCGCCCUUGCUUGUCCUUGCUUCCUUCCCUCAGCCAUCACCAACUACACCACCACAGCUUCCACUUCUCAUGAAAGCCUUUCAAACGCUGUUUCCCCCACUCUCUCCUCAGACGCUUUCGCUCUCGUCUGCACGCCGCGUGGUGCUUAUCGCCUACAACAAAGAUAGAGAGACUGUAGAUUUUCGACAUUACCUCAUCACUGUGAAGCCAUACGGCAUAUCCAAGCGUGUGCGGCGCGUUCUGGAGGGCGCAUCUGCAAAAAUGACUUCAUCCAACACGUACCUCGAUCUUGGUAACGAAAAAGACGUGGCUGACUUUUUCCUGCGUCGAAAGGGUGAACCGGGCCCUGAUGGUAGUGAUGGAUAUGAGUCUGCAGCAUCAUCCACAUCCAGUGUCGCGGGCGAUGAUGCAGAUACAGUGUCAUUGGCAGACGACUACGUAGGGAGGAAUAACAAGAAGGGCCAGAAGCGGGCUGUGAGAUUGGAUGAAAUUGGGCCCAGGAUGGAGCUCAGACUAAUCAAAAUUACGGAGGGGUUACCCGGCAAAGAUGGGGGUGUAAUCUUCCACGAAUUUGUCAAAAAGACGAAGGCGGAAGUCACGGCCCAAAAAGCCGAGCACGCUGCAAAAGAAAAACUGAGGAAACAGCGUAAAGAAGACCAAGAGCGCAAUGUUCAGCGCAAGAAACAGCUGGCUGGGAUGGGUGAUUCGCAUAGUGACUCGAAAAACGAAGAUGGCGACGCUAACAGACCAGAUGAUGAGGAGUAUGAGGACGAGGGCGUAUGGGACGAUGAAGAGUAUGGCGAUGACGAAAGUGACGACGAUGAAGGAGCUAGUGAUGGGGGAGAGAGCAGUGGCGAGGAGGUGAGACCGCCUCCGAAAAAAAGUAGAGUACGGGGAAAGCGAUAG